AUGGAUCUACCGGUCUAUGCCGCAGAGCGCGAAGGAGCUGCUCAUGCUCCUCGGUUUAGAUGUAAGGUCACAGUCUGUGGACAGACUUUCCAGAGCCAAGAUUUCUCUCCGACGUUAAAAGCGGCUGAACACGCCGCUGCAAAAGUAGCAUUGGCUUCAUUGACGCCGCUGAAUCCAGAGGGAAUUGAUGUUGCUUACAAGAACCUCUUACAAGAAAUUGCUCAGAAGGAAAAUUAUCUUUUACCAGUGUAUGCAAGUGCCACAUCUGGUCCAUCACAUAAGCCUACUUUUGUUUCAACUGUUGAGUUUGGUGGCAAGUUUUUCACAGGAGAAGAGGCCAAAACCAAAAAGUUAGCCGAAAUGAGCGCUGCUAAAGUCGCAUUCAUGAGUGUCACAAAUAAUAUUGUAGGGAACUCGAACCAGACCUCAUCGCCUUCUUUGCCUUGUGAGAGACAAGAAGCUGCCAGUUCAAAUGAGAAAAGCACUCAACAAGAGAUCCCUUCCCAACCUUCCAAGAAGAUAGCGACCGUGACCCCUGAUGUCCCAUCGAAGUGGAUUGAAGUUUAUGAAGAUGAACUUCCAGAUGUUGUAAAUCCACCAGACGAUGUUGUUGCUUCGCCUGUGCCUCAGAAUCCUACAGACGAUAGUACCCUUAGUGCACCGGCUACUAUAGAUAUAGAGAUGAUGAACAACGUUUCUUGUGCAUCUUUGCCUAUGCCUGAGAGUGUCACAAACGGUGGUGAUGAAACAACGCCAUGUGGAGAAGAGGUGGAGAAGAAGCUGAUAAUGGGAACAGGGCACCUGAGUAUACCAAGUGGUCAACAUGUGGUUUGUCGUCCAUGGAAGCCGGAGAUGACUCUUCCUCAAGACGCGGAGAUGCUAUUUAGGGACGAUAGGUUCAUUGCUUAUCGUCUCGUGAAGCCCUGA